UUACACUCGAAAAAAACUUGCUCAAGUUCCAAACUCCAACAAUAGAAAGCUUCACUCCUUUUGGUCAUAUCUCUCUUUCACUCCAUAUCAUGGCACCACACGGAGAAGCAAUCGUAAGCACCACCACCACUACAAUCAAUAACAACAACAACAAAAACCACACGAGGUCAAUGAUGAUGACGACCAAGAACAACAUCCAGAGAACAGUCUCCGACAUCUCGUUCGAGCUCAUGAGCAAAGAGGCCAUCGACCACCAAGAAGCAGCAGCACUUCCCCCGAUCUCCGAAGUGGAGGACGCCAAGUGCGAGUGCUGCGGGAUGAGCGAGGAGUGCACCCCGGAGUACAUCGACCGCAUCCGCUCCAAGUUCCUGGGCAAGUGGAUCUGCGGGCUCUGCUCUGAGGCCGUGAAGGAAGAGAUGGCGAAGCAGAACAACGGGCUGGAGGCGGCGCUGACGGCGCAUAUGAGCGCGUGCGCGAGGUUCAACAAGUUCGGGAGGGCGUACCCGGUGCUGUCUCAGGCUGAAGCCAUGAGGGAGUUGCUGAAGAGGAGCACUCGAAGGGCGCAGUCGUUCGGCCCCAAGAGUGGAGCUCAGAAAGUUGGCGGGCUUGCUAGGAGCUCCAGCUGCAUCCCGGCUAUCACGAGAGACUUGCACCGCGCUGGUCAUAAUUAAUAACAAUCUCAACUAAAAAGUAGUUGUGGCUGAAGGAGUUAGUUGCCUAGAUAGCUAUAGCUAGCUUUCUUCACUUGCCUUUGGUCACCAUAUCUAUGUCUAUAGCUAAUCCUCUUACACUAUUUGUAGCUCAUCUUUCCAAGCUUUUUUAAGUUCUCUGUUUGGGGUCCUUAUUUUUUUUCAAAACCCUGAGCUGGUGUAGUUAGCCAGCUAGGGUUUUGUUCGCCACGGCUCCACAUAUAUAACAACUUCGGUCUCCCUUUCUUUUGUGAUGUUUUUUUUUUUUUUUUUUUACUGUUUGUAUGGUGAUUACCAACGAACCUAGUUUCACAAUGGGGCUGGUUUGAAUAUCCCUAAUAUUAAUUGUGUUCAAAUAAGGAGGGACAAUUAGU